AUGAUAUCGUCACGACUCAUUUCAGCACUGUUGAUUGUAUGUCUUCGGUCCACUGAGGCUGUCGGACAACGGAAUGUCACCAUCGACGACGAAUUCGGAGAUGAAAUCACGCAAGUCGUCCCUUCAUUCAUGCCGCUUGGGGGAUGGACCUUGCGAGGAGGUGCUAAGGGGUUUGCGAAGCCCGAUCCGUCGUUAACGUACAACAGGACAUGGCACGAUGCGACACAACACGCCGGAGAGAUCCCAAAAACCGUCAAUUUCAACUUCACUGGUCCCUCUUUGUACGUGUACUGCAUUAUCGCGAACACUCCUCCUGGCCGAUCCUUCGACACCUCCGCCCAUUACAAUUUCUUCCUCGACGGAAAAUUUGUCGGGACGUACAUACAUGAUCCACAAGCAAUUCCGGAUUAUUUCUACGACUCAUUGGUGUAUGUCAACACAACCAUGGAGAAUGAACACCACAGCUUCAGUAUCAUCCUGGAUGCCAGAGAAAAGCCGGUCUUAAUGUUAUUCGACUACGCUGUCUACACAACAAUCGAACAGAGAUCUCCGACACCCUCGUUGAGUCCCACAGACUCUUCUGAAGCGUCAGAUAGGCCUAUAAUCCCCUCAAACGCGGGCGUUGUCCGUAGCAAUACGCUUGGUGUAGUCGCACUUGGAUUUCCAAUGAUUGCUAUGCUCCUCCCAGUUGUCUAUCUCUGA